AAAGUAUUUUCAUUGCUUAGUUUGAACGUAAGGAGAAAUACAAAAACCGUUACCAGAAGAUCAAGAGUGUCGUCUAAAAAAGUUCAAACAAGUUUGAUCUGUGAUGAAAUUGAAAAUCUAAAGUCACAAAGCCUAAAGGAAACAAAUAACAGUUAAUAUGGAUUUAUUCAACAAUACCACAUCCGGGGACUGCUACGUACCGCCAACAAACCCCAAGGCUGAAUGGGCCAAGGUCGUUACUUACAUUGCUCUCCUCAUUACGUCCAUUGUCGGUAACGUCAUCGUUAUCCGAGUUUUCACGACAGGUCAACGAAUGAGAACCGAAGUUAAUUUCUUGAUAAUCAACGUGGCUAUUGCCGAUCUGCUUAUUGCCGUUAUCAAUAUGCCGAUGAUGGUCAGGUAUUUUGUACGCAGUGCCAAUGGGCUGCCACCGGUUUGGUUUGCUGGAUUCUGGGGAGAGUUUUGGUGUAAGAGUGACAACUUUGUUAGCGGUAUUAGUCAGAUAUGUUGUAUUUUGUCAAUGACCGCCAUUGCUUUCAAUCGAUAUUUCGCCAUCAUGUUUCCCUUGAAGACCCCACUCAAUGCCAAGAAAACCAAGCUGGUCAUACUAUUGAUAUGGCUGUGUUCAUGCGCAAUCACAUCUCCAGUGUUAUAUGCCAUGCGCGUUAAGGAACAACAUGGUGAGUACCAUUGCACGGAAGACUGGAGUCCCACAUUUGACAACAAUCAGACUCCCAAGUACUACACACUGGCCUUGUUUACUCUGAUGUACGUCAUCCCACUCUGUCUGAUCACAUACCUGUACUCUUGCGUAAUCCACAAAGUUUGGAUAAGGCAUGUCCCUGGAAACGUCACACAAGCUAACCAGAGAUUGGAAGAUGUUGCUAAGCGACGUGUGCUCAAGAUGUUGAUAACUGUUGUUAUUGCUUUUGCACUUUGUUGGCUUCCGUUCCAUAUCUAUCUAAUAAUGGUAAACUUUUACUAUGGCAUCAAUAGCUGUGAUAUCUCGCCGAUGAUUCUUUUCUUAGGAUUAUUGUUGGGACAUUCAAACAGUGCCAUCAACCCUUGGAUCUACUUCAUCUUUAAUAAGGAUUAUCGAAGGAAUUUAAAAGAUCUUUGUCGGGUACCCUGUGAGACCAAAUCAAGAUGGUCAUCUGGAGGUUAUGUAUCAAAGGCCAUUAGUAAGCACCUUUCCCUUGAUGCAUCACUCGCAGAUCUGUCAAGAUUUAAACAACCACAGAAGUAAACAAAGUCACUGUCGCCACAUAAAGACGUACGAGGAUAUCAACAAAGCAAACACUGCACUAAUCAAGACUGAAUCAGAUUUAGAUCUGACCUUUGAUGUCCUUAAGUCUUUCCACCAUUCAUCAUCGUUCUUCGCGAUAACAGCGCAAUGACUUGAUUCGGCUUGCGCAGUCGCGUUUUGUGACGUGUAUGAUCAUCGAUCAAUUUCAGUAGAAGGCCAGAGAAACUAAAUAUGUGCAAGCAAGAUGGACGGAACACAAAUCUCUUGAUAGCAUGAUUACUAAUAGUAGAUCAAACAGAACAAUCUCAAGAAAGUUAUUUUUUGGUAGAAGUGACUCUGAUGCUUCUGCAGGUCUAUUGACUGAAUAACUCAGACUCAUAACUUUUGUGGAGAAAAUGUCUUCUAGAAAAUGAAUGAUCAAAAUGACUGGUAGUGCAAAACAUCAAUAUUAUAAUGCAAAAUCAUUAAUCGUAGUUUAUAUAUCGUACUUUAUUAUUCAGUAAAUAAGUAAAUCUAAUUUCAAAGAAGUUGUUCUUUCAAAAGAAGGGAUAAGUAAUUAGUGAAAGACACACAUUCAAUAAUUAGUAAUUAUGGGAAAUAAAGCUGUAUUUGAUUCGGUGCA